AUUGAAGCUGAACACAUACCCUCAUGGGGGAGUGUACCAACAGCAAACGCUUUGUGGUUUUCCUUAGCGAAAGUGGUGGUUGGGUGGCUCAGGAGAUGUGGUGCUGAGUUGGGGUGCAAAGGCUUUCCCUUCUUGAUAGCAACUCCUGGCGGCCUCUGGAGCAUUUCUCUGUUACUGAAGGAUGGGAAGGAGUCCACAGCAGGAUCAGGAAGGACCUGUGAUUGGUGACCCUGUGCUGGUGCUUUGAGGAGAAGCCUCCUUGUCAGCUUUCCAGGGAAAGCCAUGGAACUGGCACAGGUAUGUUCCCUCGAGCAUUUCUAUUCUUCUCUGCCUUGGGAGAGAGGCCUUAGGGUUGCCAUGAGGGAGGUGCGCUACUGUAGCCAUGGGAACAUCCCCAAAGUCUGGUCCACGGACUGAGGACCGCCACCACUGCCCUCAGCAGAAGAGAAAAAGAUGGCUAAAAAUGAUGUUUUCCUGCUGAAGUGGCAGGAGGGAAGGCCUGCGUAAUGGUAGGGGAUCAUGGUUGACACGCACAUUUCCAAAGGGAAGAAUCUUGGAAUGUGGAAUUCGGCAGCACUGACCCUGGAAUGCAAGAAGCAGCAGGCAGAACCCAGAUGAGCAAACUGCUUAAGGAUAGAUGGGAUCCCGCUUCCAAGGGCUGCCUUGAUAAAGACAACUUCUGUCUUCAGGGUCUACAAUAAUUUCUAGCAUCUCCCAAACAUUUGUGGCCCUGCGGAGCCCGGCCCUCCGGUCAGCGAAGCAGGACUGGUGACCCUUGGGCACAGGCAUUCGCCUGCCCUGAUCGUGGCCAAAGGAUAACAGAGGUCAUGCCCGAUGCGCUCGUGAGUGACGUGCAACCUGCAGCGGCAGCCCAGCAUCGGGGGACCCAAACAGGCUGGCUCUGGAGUGGGGGGCUUCCCAGCCAAGCCGCCCAGGGACCCCAAUUCUUCCAACAUCCUCUCUGGUGACUGGGAUGCUCCGCUAAACCUCUGGCUGGCGGCUAGACCCAUGUUUCAGUACACACGUGAAGGUGAAGAGAUGUCACAUCCCGAUUCCACCCUUCUAAUAGCUGAACAGAGCCCCAGCAGAGGAGAUGGGGAAGGUUGCUCACCCCAGAAUCCCCAGAUGCUGCUUCCAUCAAAAUGGCCCGGCCUGAUGGACUCAGGCUCUCGGGCGUGGUGCCCCGCUCUUUCCCACGAGGCGUCCUCCGGCCUCCAGGGGGCGACGUCGAGUCCAAGGGCGUUCUGGCCGCGAAGCUUGCUGUCCUUCCCUGCAGCGUCCACGUGAGACGGCUCGGCGCAGGCGUACAACUCGCUUCCAGUUCUGCGAGUGCGGUGGCGGCGCGGCGGCACCGAGGCAUGGAGGAAGCGGAGCCGAGCUUUGCCCACCUGGGCCUGGACGACCGGCUGCUGCGGGCGGUGGGCGAGCUGGGCUGGGAGCGGCCGACGCUGAUCCAGGCGGAGGCGAUCCCGCUGGCGCUGGAGGGCAAGGACCUGCUGGCGCGGGCCAAGACCGGCUCCGGGAAGACGGGCGCCUAUGCCCUGCCGCUCCUGCAGCGCCUGCUCCGGAGGAAGGCGGGCGCGGAGGCGGUGGCCGAGCAAGCGGUGCGCGGCCUGGUCCUGGUGCCCACCCGCGAACUGGGCCAGCAGGCGCUGCAGAUGCUCCGGCGCUUGGCCGCCUUCUGCGCCCGGGACGUGCGCCUCGUGGACAUCUCGGGCCAGGCGGAUCUGGCCGCCCAGAGGCCCCUGCUGAUGGAGAAACCGGAUGUGGUGGUGGGGACACCCUCCCGGGUCCUGGCUCACCUGCAGGCGCGUAACCUGAGCCUGCAGGACUCCUUGGAGAUCUUGGUGAUGGACGAGGCUGACCUGCUCUUCUCCUUUGGCUUUGAGGAAGACCUGAAGAGCCUCCUGUGCCAUUUGCCCAAGAUCUACCAGGCCUUCAUCAUGUCAGCUACCUUCAAUGAGGAUGUGCAGACACUCAAGGAGCUGGUGCUACACAACCCAGUGACCCUCAAGCUGCAAGAGUCGCAACUUCCAGACAGCUCCCAGCUGAGUCAGUUCCAGAUUCAGUGUGAGACAGAGGAGGACAAGUUUUUGUUGCUGUAUGUACUGCUGAAGCUGUCACUGGUGCGAGGCAAAGUUAUCUUCUUUGUCAGCACCAUUGAGCGGUGUUAUCGCCUCAAGCUUUUCCUGGAGCAGUUCAGCAUCCCUGCCUGUGUCCUGAACUCAGAGCUGCCGGUCAAAUCCAGAUGCCACAUCAUUGCUCAGUUCAACCGGGGCUUCUAUGAUUACCUGAUUGCAACGGAUGAGCAGCACUUGACAGAAGCCGGGCAGCCAAAGGAACGGCGGAAGCAAAAGGGCGCCAAGACAGAAAAAGGCAAAGAUCAGGAGUACGGGGUCUCCCGUGGCAUCGAUUUCCAGAAUGUCUCUGCCGUCCUGAACUUUGACUUUCCUCCCUCCGUUGAAUCGUAUAUCCACCGUGCGGGGAGGACUGCCCGUGCCAACAACCCGGGUACCGCUCUGACCUUUGUCAUGCCUUCGGAGUGGGCCCUGCUGGCCAGAAUUGAGGAGGCCCUCGGAGGAGGGAGCAACGAAGCCCCUUUGCAGCCCUACCAGUUCCGGAUGGAGGAGGUGGAGGGCCUUCGCUACCGUUGCAAGGACGCCAUGCGCUCCGUCACCAAGCAGGCCAUCAAAGAGGCCCGGCUCCGCGAGAUCAAGGAGGAGCUGCUCAACUCGGAGAAACUGAAGACCUACUUUGAGGACAACCCUCGGGAUUGGGACCUGCUGCGCCACGACAAGCCCCUCCACCCGGCCAUCAUCAAGCCCCAUCUGCGCAACGUUCCGGAGUACCUAGUGCCCCCCACCCUCCAGGCAGUUGCUCACUCCCACCUGAGGAAGCGCAAGAGGCCGAAGCAGCGGCCCUCCGCCCCCAAGGGUCGGCAGAAUCCACUGCAGAGUUUCAAGUGCACGAAGGAGAGGUUUUCCAAGCAGAGACGACAGACAACAGGCAAGCUCGUUGGAAGACCUGGCCCCUGAAGGCUCCUUCCUCAGCUCGGACUCGGCAGGAGGAAGCUGGGGAAGGGGGGGAGGCGGACGUCUUCCCUCCCUGCCCUGAGUCGGACUGUGAUUUUUGUUCAAAUAAGACUGUGUGUGGAAACCUGUUUGUGCCUGAGAAGGUUGAGUGUGUCAGGUCCUGAGGCUUGUCUUGUGACCUGCUCGGUCCCAAAGGAGAGCCAGGGAUCACUCAGGGUGAACUCCUUCCGGGUCACCAGUGGCCUUCCUUCCUGCCUGGGCUUGGGAGUGGAGGGGCACCACCUCCUUGCAGCCAGUCCCAUGUUCCUGGGACUGAGCUCUUCUGAGCUGAGCACCAGACGCUUAGCCCCUGCACGCUGGGAAUUUGAUGGGAAGCUAUGACCCCUUCGGCCAUUGCUAUACAGUGGGGAGGGGGGCGCUUCCCCCUACCUGCCCAUCAGGGGCCUGGGCAGCCAGGUCCUCGUCCUGAGGCUGCUCAGCACUCAGAUGGGCUGCCUUUGUCCUGUCAGUCAGGCGGUGGGUUUUGGCCAAGGGUGGCUCCUUGAAUUGGCCUGCGGGACCUUCCCAGCCUUCUCUUGAGCAGCCAAAGCAAAAGGGGGAACGUGCAGCUGGGGGGUUCUCUGCAGCCCUCAGGCAGCCACCUAGCUUCUUCCAAGCAUGCCCCACUGUGUUUGCUCUGCCCUGGCCCCCUCAUGCUGUGGGUCCUGCUCUUUGCUCUCUGGCCUUGGGGGUGGCAGGAAAAGCCAGAGGGGGUCCCAGGCCCUCAGUGGCUGUGAUCUUGGGAGCGUAGCGGCCCUAGGCCUUCUCCAAAGCUGGGCUCAGGCGCCGGUGCCUGCCGGGCCCUGCGGCGGCAGGUGGAAUCUUUACCUGGCAUGUGACCUUAUUUAUCAGGGUGGUAAACCUUGAGGAGGAGAAAACAGGAUAAGAGGGCCUAGGUGGGGGCAGAGGGCUAAUUGUGCGCCAAGUGUCAGCCAGGGAGGAAGGUGCCUGUGAAAUGCGCUUUGAUGCUUCCAGGAAUCACAGAGCAGCCAUUCAUGGGGUGCGGUGUUUGCAGGAGAGGGCUGGUGGGAUGGUGCCCUUCAAAGUCAAACGUGGUUGCCGUUUACGACAGGAGGCUGGCAGAAACGUUAGGGGAUGUUCACACUCUUCAGUGCCGUGCCUGUUCAUCUCUCGUGGACGGAGAACUGCAGCCAUACCAACUCCUUAGUCAUCUAAACAACUGUUUUCUCUUUAGAGAAUGCGGAAUAAAAUGCCUCCAGAAGCAAAAAAAA